GGGGCGGAGCCAGGAUCUUACCCUGUCUUAGAGGAGCCGGAAGCGCCAAGUGAGUGCGGGGCCGAGGACUCUUACUUGCUGACCGUGUGCACUCAGCUAGAGGCAGUGGCUCCGCGUCCCGAAGGUCCAGUGGGCAGCUCCCCAGCACCAGCCAUGAACUACGUGGGGCAGCUGGCAGGGACGGUGUUUGGGACGGUGAAGGAGCUGUACCGGGGCCUGAACCCGGCCACGCUGAGUGGUGGCAUUGACGUGCUGGUGGUGAAGCAGGUGGACGGUUCCUUCCGAUGCUCGCCCUUCCACGUGCGUUUCGGCAAGCUGGGUGUCCUGCAGUCCCGGGAGAAGGUGGUAGACAUCGAGAUCAACGGGGAGCCUGUGGACUUGCACAUGAAGCUGGGGGACAGCGGGGAGGCCUUCUUCGUCCAGGAGCUGGAGAGCGAUGAGGAACACGUGCCUCCCCGCCUGUGCACAUCGCCCCUCCCUUGGGGGGGCCUGUGCGGGUUCCCCUUGGACUCCCAGCUGGGCACAGCCAGCAAGCCUGAGCCCGUCGUCAUGGGCGUGGCCUCCACAGGGCAAAAGAAGAGGCGUCGCAGGAGGAAAUCCAGGCGGAAGGAGGACGCGGUGGCAGCCGAUUCUAGUUCUGAGGAGCUGGAGGCGGUCACUGAGAGUGAGCUGUCCCCGCUAGAAAAGCCAAGGCCGGAGCCCCCAGGCAGCGUCCAGUCGGAAGAGGACUCCUCACCACAGCCCAAAGACAUCUACUCCUUCUCUGAUGGCGAGUGGCCCGCCCAGGCCAGUCUCUCGUUGGGUGGGCUGACAACCCCUAAGAGCGACUCGGAGCUAGAGGUUCGGACCCCUGAGCCCAGCCCACUGAGAGCUGAGUCCCACAUGCAGUGGACCUGGGGGAGGCUGCCUAAGGUGACCAAAGCCGAGUGGCCCGAGUCCUUGAUGAUCCCUGAUGGCAGCACCGGGGCAGCCUCUCCUCCUCAGGGAGGGCCCAGCACCUCCUCUGCCUCUGUGGCUGGUGUGGACCCCUUGGGACCCCCAAUCAUGCAAACAGGGGCUGGCUCUGACCUUCUUCGGCCAGACACAGAGGUGCCCGCUCUGGUGGGUCCCCCUGUCCCCGCCCCUGAGAGAGAGGAGACCAAGACUCGGAGGUCCGGGGAUGCAGGCCUCCCUCCUCCCUCUAAAUCGUGGAGCUGGGCCGCUCUGGAGGGCCCAGUACCCACCGGGCAGCCAGAGGGGGUCUCCAGAAGGAAAGGCUCCCUGAAGAGAAGCCAGCACCUGGGCCCCAGUGAUAUCUACCUGGAUGACUUGCCCUCCCUGGAUUCUGAGAAUGCGGCCCUUUACUUCCCCCACAGUGACUGUGGGCUUGGGGCCAGGACGUGGAAUGAACCCAGCAGCCAGAAGCCCCUGGGGGACCCCAACCCCGAGCAGGAGCCAGAACCCACUCCGGACACAGUGGACACGAUAGUGCUGUCCCUCUGUGGGGGACUAGCUGACAGCUGGGACAUCUCCCUGGAGAAGUUCAAUCAGCACAUCGUCUCCUACCAGGACCUCGUCCAAAACCCUGGGCUCCUGGAUGACCCGAACUUGGUAGUGAAAAUCAAUGAGAAGCAUUAUAACUGGGCUGUAGCCGCCCCCAUGAUCCUCUCCCUGCAAGCCUUCCAGAAGAACUUGCCCAAGAGCACUAUGGACAAGUUGGAGAAGGAGAAGAUGCCCCGCAAGGGAGGGCGGUGGUGGUUUUCCUGGAGACGCAGGGACUUCCCGGCCGAGGAGCACAGUGCCCAGAGGAAGAAAACCACAGCCAGAGAGCAGCCGGGGGAGAAAACUGAUGUCCUGAGCAGUGAGGAUGAUGCCCCAGACAGCCCUGUGAUCCUCGAGGCCCCCUCCCCACCACCCUCGCCUCCAGCCUACACUCCUACCUACAAGAAGUCCCUCCGCCUUUCCUCCGAUCAGAUCCGGCGCCUGAACCUGCAAGAAGGUGCCAACGAUGUGGUCUUCAGCGUGACCACCCAGUACCAGGGCACCUGCCGCUGCAAGGCCACCAUCUACCUGUGGAAAUGGGAUGACAAGGUGGUCAUCUCGGACAUUGAUGGCACCAUUACCAAGUCAGACGCUCUGGGCCACAUUCUGCCCCAGCUAGGGAAAGACUGGACACACCAGGGCAUCACCAGUCUUUACCACAAAAUCCACCUAAACGGGUACAAGUUCCUGUACUGCUCAGCACGGGCCAUCAGCAUGGCUGACCUCACCAAGGGGUACCUGCAGUGGGUGAGCGAGCGGGGCUGCGGCCUCCCCAAGGGCCCCCUCCUGCUGUCUCCCAGCAGCCUCGUCUCUGCCCUCCACAGGGAGGUGAUUGAGAAAAAGCCAGAGGUGUUCAAGAUCGCCUGCCUGAGUGACAUCCGGCAGCUGUUUCUGCCCCACAGACAGCCCUUCUAUGCCGCCUUUGGGAACAGGCCUAAUGAUGUUAUUGCCUACCAGCAGGUGGGCCUACCUGAUUCUCGCAUCUUCACUGUCAACCCCCGGGGAGAGCUCAUCCAGGAGCUCAUGAAGAACCACAAAUCCACGUAUGAGCGGCUCGGGGAGGUGGUGGAGCUCCUCUUCCCGCCCGUGGCCCGUGGCCCCAGCACAGACCUGGCCAACCCUGAAUACAGCAACUUCUGCUACUGGCGGGAGCCACUGACCACGGUGGACCUUGAUGCCCUGGCCUGAACCUUUCCUGGCUGCCCCCUCUCCGUGGCCAGGCCCAGAACUGACCGGGUGUCCCAGGGCAUAGAGGGUUGGAAGCUGGGUGCCACAGGGCCAACCCACCGAAGGGGAGGACGGGGCUGCAGGCUGGUUGGCAGCCAGAGAGAGCCCCCUCCUCCCUAUCCUGUCUCCUCCCUCUGGCCAGCUGAGCUGCAGGGGGUGGGGCAGCUGCUCCAGGCCUCAGUGUGGCCCUGGCCUGUGGCAGUUAAAUGAUUGUCACCUGGGCCCUUGCAGGGUUCUCCAUGCCCUUGAUGUCUCUGUCCCUGUCACCCUGGGACUUUGCCUCACCUCCUGAUAGGACAGAGAGAAGAGGGAGGCCCCAGUGAGGCUUGAGGCCUGUGUGCACAGGGGAGGGUUGGCGGCAGCAGUGGGGAGAGAGGGGUUCAGUAGCAUCUGGCAAGAAGACAAUGCUCCCCACCCGCUUUGG